AUGGCCGGCCACAAGGGCGCACGGUUCAAUGAUGCCGAGGACAUAUCCGAUGACGAAGCACUGCGCGUCGCUAUCGCUUUGUCACUUGGCCAGGAUCCUUUCAAACCGCAGGCUGGUGGGAAGUCAAGCGCUACAAUUGACCUAACACAAGACGAUGAGGGCGACGAUGGAAGUCAGAGGAAAUCCACCGUUCAACUAAAGCCUGCCGCCCAGGAUACCAGAUUAUCCCAACCCAGCAAACAAGCCUCUACCACCUCUGCCCCGGCACACAGUGUAUCAGCACUUUUCGGCCUUGACAGGAAGAAGAUGGAAGAGGAGCGUCUCGCUCGCUUGAAGAACAAACGACCAGCUUCAUCAGCUUUGGAAUCUCCCAGUCCGACCACCGCCCGUCCCCAUCAACGUUCAAAGAUGUCGACCAGUAGCUACGACAAUGCUACCGGUCCACAAACAAUUGCCGAUUUGCUACUGCCUGAGUCUGAUGAAGACGAGACGGCAAGCUCUCAAGGGUCCAGCAGUUCGCCGGUCACGGGCCGCAUGGUCAAAGCCGGGAAGCAGCAAGCAAAUCCGUCAGAGUCAGGAAAGGGAAAAGUGGCAGCAACGGCAGCAAGUGCGGAGAAAUCCUCCAUUGCCGGCACCACAAGCGGUAGUAGACCAAAAGCAGAACUUUCGUUUCCCCACGGUGCAGUCAAGAAAACGUGGGUCCGUGGUCAAGCGAGGAAGGGGGAUGACAUUACGAUCGAAGAAGUCUUCCAGAAAGAUAAGCUGCAGUUGGCAGUGUUGAGCACGUUUAUCUUGGAUGAGGCGUGGCUGUUCGACAAGCUGGAUUUGAUGAAGACGAAACUGAUACUAUGUCGGGGUGCCCCUAAUCAGGGGGAACAAAUCAGUACCUGGUUGGAUGGAUUCCCAACAGUGCGGAAGCAUCUUGUUCCCAUGAACGGUUCGGGGUGCAUGCAUUCGAAACUUCAGCUGCUCAAGUACAAAGACCAUCUUCGCAUCGUUGUGCCCAGCGCCAAUCUGGUGAGCUUCGAUUGGGGUGAGACGGGUGAUAUGGAGAACAUCCUGUUCAUCAUUGACCUCCCUCUCCUUGAUGAUCCAGACGUGACAAGAGAGCUCACCCAUUUUGGCGAGGAGUUGUUGUACUUCCUCAAGGCCAAGCAGCUGGAUGAUGGUCUCAUCAGAAGCUUAAAGAAGUAUGACUGGACGGAAACGAGGCGCUAUGGUUUCGUUCACUCGAUCGCUGCUUCUCACGUUGAUGAUAAAGCUUGGAGGACAGGCUACUGCGGGCUUGGUCGUUCUGUCAAGGCUUUAGAUCUUGGUACAACAAAGACGAUUGAGAUGGAUGUCGUGGCUGCAUCAUUGGGAUCCAUCAAAGAUUCCCUACUUAAAGCACUAUAUUACGCCUGUCAAGUAGGCGACUCUGGUAUCAAAGAGCUCGAGAGUCGGCCAGUAGGCAAGAAGGGCCAGGAAGCGCCAGAUCUCGGGGCUGUUGAGGUCAGGAAACACACUCGGGUAUUUUUCCCAUCAAAGAACACGGUGCGGACUAGUAUAGCAAAGGACGCCGGGACUAUAUGUUUCCAGAAACAGUGGUUCGAGGCACCGACCUUUCCCCGAGAAGUCUUGCGAGACUGCGUCUCCACGAGACCAGGCAUGCUCAUGCACAAUAAGAUGAUCUUUGUCAGGAGGACGGAAGAGUCCAAAAGCGAACCUGGCAAGACAGUUGUGAGCGGUUUCGCGUACGUUGGCAGUGCGAAUCUUUCAGAGAGUGCUUGUUCGUCAUCAGCGGUGCCUACUGAGAAGCAGGAGGAGGAGGGCAAUGGCAAGGGUAAGGGCAAAGCAGUCGUGCCUGGAGAAAUGGACGAUGACUCGUCGUGGGGAGUCUUUGAGGGCCACGUACCGAUUCCGAUGCGAGUACCGGGAUCUCCGCUUGCGUUUACUGGAUCGAAGAGUCCUUUCUUCUUUGGUGGCUUUUGAUUGGGGCACCUUGGAGUGGAGAGGAGUACUCCUGGGCAUUAGAUGGGCGCGGCGGAGUCUUUAUUCAGGGCUGUUAUCAUGGCUUUUGAACUUGACUUAACAUGGAACGGAGGGUUUGUAAGGGGCUGAGUGUCAGGAUGGAACUGGAUGCUUUCGUUUGUUGUUGUUGUUCGCAUUCACGGCAGCACUCGCUUGCCAAAUAUUAUCGCUGGGAGUUACAAGUGAUGCUAAA